AUGGAAUCGGCAGUGGAUGUGGAGAAUGCUGUGGACGGCCAUGGGGUGAUGCUGAGCAGUCAUGGGUCGUGCCAUCUGCGCCCCUCCUCUUACUGGGCCAAGCGCAGCGCCAUCUCCAGCCUCGCUCGCAUCGCCGACGUCUACUGCGAGAAGAUUGGAUCCAGAUUCUUCUCCGAAGUCCUCAAGGUGCGGGAUCGUCAGUCCGGCCAAAUCAUGGUGCUCAAGAUGAACAAGAUUAUGAGCAACCAUGCCAACAUGCUCCGAGAGGUGCAGCUGAUGAACAGACUUUGUCACCCCAAUAUUCUGAGGUUCAUGGGUGUAUGUUUGCAGCAGCACCAGCUUCACGCCCUCACUGAGUACAUUAAUGGCGGUAACCUGGAGCAGCUGCUGCAGAGAGGGGAGCCUCUGUCCUGGACCAGGCGCGUCAAGCUGAGCCUGGAUAUUGCCCAGGGCCUGCGCUACCUGCACUCCAAGGGCAUCUUCCACCGCGACCUCACCUCCAAGAACUGUCUGGUGCACUACACGACAGCGACUACACGCUACUACGUAGUGGCAGACUUUGGACUGGCCGAGAAAAUUCUGGAUCACAAUCAGAUGGAGCCGCUCUCAGUGGUGGGCUACCUGUACUGGAUGGGCCCUGAAGUCCUGCAGGAUGUGUACAAUGAGAAGGCCGACGUCUUGGCCUUUGGAAUCAUAUUAUGCAAGAUAAUUGCACGGAUCCCGGCGGACCCCGACUAUUUUCCCAGCACUGAAGACUUAGGCUUGGACAUCAUGACGCUCUGAGAGAUGGUUCCCUCUGGCUGCCCCCCACCUUCCUGCAGCUGGCGGUCCACUGCUGCCAGAUGGCUCUAGAGUCCAGGCCGUCCUUCUGCGAGGUGAGUCAGAGGCUUGAGGCCAUCCUGGACAGU